AUGGCAGCCACUAGAUUUUCUGACGAGAAAGCUGUAGGAUAUGAAGGCUGUGAGAUUUUUGAGCAGCAUGAAUCGGGAGAGUCGCAUAGUUUUAGUAACUUCAAGAGACUAAGAAGUCGCGAUGAAGACGGGAUAUAUGAAUUCCAGAGUAAACGCAUGAAAAAUGUUGAGGAGAAAUCAAGCCAGACGCAGAAAGUUAUAAUUCAAGUGAAAAGUGGAGAACUUUUGGACGACGGAUACAAAUGGAGAAAGUGUUAUUAUAAAUGCUCAGACAAGAAAUGUGGUGUGAAGAAACUGGUGGAGCGAAAGCCUUUUGAGGAUGAAACUCUGGUUAUAACUUACGAAUGA